GAUUAAUCACAAUGUAGCCUAAUCCGUAGUGUCUAUUUUCUGAUAGGCUUACGAUUGUAUUUACACAACAUAACAGACUAUCUUGUGUGAGUAAUGCAUGACGUGUGUUUAAUCAAUCCUUUGGUAAAUAAUGGUUGUAUAGCCUAUACUGGCAGGAGGGGCAAUGUCUUACACUGGGAAGUGGCAGUUCAGCAGUUGGAGGACAGUGAACGUUGCGUCUGUAGGAACAUGGUGUAGAGGGGAGACUCUAUAUUCGCGUUAUUCAGAAACUAUCUUUUCUCAGCUGUGAUAGGGCUUCGGGCCUCAUCAAUGACGUCAUUGGUCCAAAACGAUACAAGCCUCGAUAUAGCAUAUAUAUAUAUAAAAGGUCGGAGAACUUGGUGGAUUACAGUUGGCACACGCCCCAAAGCCUCGAUCGACACAGCACGUAGAACAUCCCUAACAAGUGGAGCUGCUUUAUCUAUCGUUGGUGUCUCCAAACCUCCCGUGCGGUCGCUUGGCGCGGACUUGGUGUGAAACCAAGAUUGUCCUGAGCCGGCUCACUGCAGCCAUGAUAUCCAAGUCGGCCCUGCUGAAGGUGAUCCUUCUGGGUGACGGCGGCGUCGGCAAGUCGUCCCUCAUGAACCGCUACGUCACCAACAAGUUUGACUCGCACCUCUUCCACACCAUCGGCGUGGAGUUCCUCAACAAAGAGCUGGACGUGGACGGCCACCACGCCACUCUGCAGAUCUGGGACACGGCGGGUCAGGAGCGUUUCCGCAGCCUCCGCACGCCUUUCUACCGCGGCUCCGACUGCUGCCUGCUCACCUUCAGCGUGGACGACGGACAGAGCUUCCGAAACCUUGCCAACUGGAAGAAGGAGUUCGCUUAUUACGCCGACGUGAAGGACCCUGACAACUUCCCCUUUGUGGUGCUGGGCAACAAACUGGACGUGCCCGAGCGGCAGGUGUCGGGAGAGGAUGCGCGGCAGUGGUGCCGCGAGAACGGCGGUCACCCGUACUUUGAGACAAGUGCCAAGGAUGCUACAAAUGUAGCGUCGGCCUUUGAGGAGGCGGUACGGCGCAUUCUGGCGUUGGACGACAGAGCUGACCACCUCAUUCACAACAACACAGUGGACCUGCAGAGGAAGAAUCACCCUGACCCCAGCUGUUGCUGAGUUCAGCAGGACUUCAUGUGACUCUGCACAAAGAGGAACUGGUGUUUGCUCAGUUUCUGUUGUACUGUAUGUGAUACCCUCAGAUAAACUUGGGACCAGGAUCCGCAUUUGGAAGCAAAUACCGAUAUUCUUAUGGACCAAAAACUGAACAUUUUGUGCCAAUAUUCAGCAUUUUUCACCACACCAGAGACAAAACCUCUCCACCCACCAUUUCCCAACUCUGGGUCGUGUUUUAUAGAUUUAUUUGUGGUCAGUGAUGAACCUCAAUUGUGUCAGAGGUGGACAUAACUGGCUCAUACCGGAAUUUUAAAGGGCCUAUAGGGAGUGAUUGUGACUUGAGCCGGGUUUCUGUGAUAAAAGCUGAACUAUCACCUCUAAAAUGCAAGCAGUUCUCUAAACUUAAAAAAAAGAAAGAAAUAGCUUUGACGUCACUGAUGGAGCUGUGGCUGCAAGUUUUAGCCCACAAAAAGAGAAGUCCAGAGAUCACUGUCUGCCUCUAGAAACAGACACAACCACAUUUACAGCUAAAAUAUAUGGCGACAUAGUCCUGAUUGUUCUUAAACGACCCAGUAACCUAUACUCCCAAAAUGAUUUUCAGGUCUUUUGAUAAACAAACUGCCAUUAGAAAACCGAUAACACAUGACUAAAACAUGUCAUAUUUGCAGUUAUAAACCAACAUUCUAAUUUCCCAUCUAGGCUACAACUCAAACUCUUGACAUACCGCAUUGCAAGUAAUUAAAAAGUAUGUGGUUAAUCAAAUUCUAGACAGGAACCACUGUCUUUGUGGUAAGUAAAUUAAUGAAUGAGAUUGGAGCCUCUUUUUUUUUCUUUUUUUCCCCCAGAUUAUUAUAGAGUUAAUCACUAGAUUCAAUAGUUGAUUUAAUCAUCUUUUCCAGAUACAAUAUCUGCUGUUCUGUUAGGAUGAUUUUAAAUAUGUUGUUGUUUUGAAAAUCCAGGCUUUAUGAUGGAAUUUAGUGUUUCCCUAAGGAAGAGCAUAAGCUACUUGUAGUUAUUGCUGGAGUUAUAAUAUCCUGUUUUGAAGUAUGUACUGAUCACUACCCCUCCUCUCACUAUGAAAAGUGGAGCACACUGCUGAAUCUUAAAAUGUUAGAUACGAUUAAAAUGACUCUAUGUAACACUGUGGCCUAUGUAAUCUUUAUUAGCAAUGCCUUCUUCAGGGCAAAUGGCUCCCAUCACCAACAUUCUUUUUUUACACUGGGAAUAAAACAACAGCCAGCAAUUAAACUGGAGAAAAAUCUG